AUGUGGCUCCCCAUGUGGCUUCCAGGAGACGGAAACACCUCACACCUCUUCACCGUACCUAUCCCGCCUAUCUGUCUAGCACAUGGCCCUAACGUGGCCAGCUGGCAGCAGUCAGCCAGCGACGGACCAGCACCAGGUACUUGCCGGGCAGUGUGGCGAGGCUUUCAGGGCGGUACAGGAAUUAAGUCGGAAGGUGGGCCAGGCAAUCCUCCGAACCAACUCCUCGGAGCUGUGCUGCCCCUGCAAGAGCCGAGCGCAGCAUGGUCUCCCAGCACCUUGGACCCUGGUGUUAAUUACCUGGGCGCACAUCUGGCUGCUCUGGCGGACUGUUACGUGCGGAGGGUCAGGAACCUGCAGCAAUAG